AUGGCAAAUAAAAUACUAGAUCCAAUCUUUAGAUUAUACGAUCCAAUUCGUUAUUCAUUUAACAAGAAAAAAGAAGAUUAUAUUAUCAUCUCACCCACUGUUGGUUCUAAAUCCCAAUUGAAUGAUGGUGGCUGGAUACCCGAUGUUGGCGAUGGAAGUGUUUUAAAGGAACCGGUAAGAUAUCUUGCAAAUGAUGCCGAUUUAGCUAGAGUGAGAGUUGUUGCUCGAAACACAAUAGAAAGAGUAGGACGAGCAAUUAAUCAUGGAUUCGAAAAACGAGUACUUCAGUAUAAUAAUGUUGUUGAGAAUAAUAGGUGGGGUAAUUACGUAAAUUGGAAAUUAUAUCCUUUAUUCGGUCUGUUGGAACAUAGAAAAGUUUCCAUAGGCUUACCAUAUAAAAUUCAUCUACAAAGAGAAAUAAACGACGAUAAGAUAUUCUUUGGAGAGAAUGGUUCAGAUGCAAAAUUAGAAAUAACGAAUCUCCAACUUUUCAUACCCGUAAUAACACGUUCAAUUGAAGUAGAAACGAAAAUAUUCAACUCGUUAACUAAAGAUAUUGAAAUAGCUUUUCUUCAUCGUAACACUGUAGGUAGCAUGACUUUAACUGGAGAAUUCACCACAUGGCCAAUCACUAACACUAUCUAA